CUUAUUGUUACUUUCUUAUACAUAUCUUAUAGAGAACACAUGAAAUGGUUGAAAUUGAACAAUCCUCGUCAAUCUAAGAGACAAAAGUGGCUACAAGAAGAACACAUGCGAACAUUCACUCAUUGGUUGCGAAAAAAGGUAGAAGUUGCCAUUGCUGACAAAGAACCUAUAUCUGAAACCUUAAGAUGGAUGGCACAUGGUCCUACCCACUACGUGGCCAAGUAUCAUGGCUAUGUUAUAAAUGGGUGUCAGUACAAUACAAAAGACCGUGAUGAGUUACGAGUUACCCAGAAUAGUGGAGUUAGCAUUGUAGCAACAACAAUGCAAAUUUCUAGUGCCAAGGAUAAGAAUCCAGUAUUUGGUGAGCUAUGUUUCUAUGGUAUUAUUACUGAGAUAUGGGAUCUUGAUUAUACCAUGUUUAGGAUUCCAGUUUUCAAAUGCAAUUGGGUUGAUAAUAAGAGCGGCGUCAAAGUUGAUGAGUUUGGGCUGACAUUAGUUGACUUCACUAAGAUGGCUCAUAAAUCAGAUCCAUUCAUUUUAGCCUCCCAAGCCAAGCAAGUAUUCUAUGUACAAGACCAACUUGAUCCAAGAUGGUCAGUUGUUUUGUCAACUCCUGAAAGGGACUUCUCAUUUUCAGCAAAGGAUUCUGAUGACUUCAUGGAUAAUUCUAUUGAACACCAUCCUCUCAUUACCACCUUGGCACAAGUUGAAUCAUUUGAUACAAUGGAUGACUCCGAUGUCAUUUGCAUUCGAGGAGACUGUGAGGGAUUCUGGAUUGAUAACAAAUCUUCUAUGUAA